AUGGCUCAGUCUCCUAUUGUCUCUAUAGUGGGCACUGGACUCCAGUAUCCGCCGCACAAGCUUGGACCGGAGUUUGUACCUAAAUUAAUCUCCAACUGCUACAAAGAGAAUACCGCUGUCCUACCGGCACACCAUCCCCUCUGGUUUCAGGAUAAUAUUUUGACGAACACAGAGUGUGAUGAUCUCUUCAAAGAGUAUGGUAUCCCCUUAGCACAGGACGCGGCAAAGCAAGCCAUCGAGGACUGGGGCGGCAAUCCGAUGGACAUAACCCAUGUAGUUGCUAUGACCUGUACAAGUACAUCUAGCCCUGGAUUCGACUGCACACUUUGUCAGAGGCUAGGGCUCUCCAAGCACGUUCGCCGGACCUUGCUGAGUGGGGUCACCUGCGCCGGCAGCGUAGCGGCCCUUCGUACAGCAUAUGACCUUCUGCGUGGCGCGACACAAGAAGGCACGCCAGUUCGUGCUCUUGUGAUUGCCGCCGAGACUAUGACUGUUUAUAUUAGAGCAUGGCUGGAAACUAUCGCAAAGGAAUCGACCGCGAACCUUGGCCCCACUCUAUUCGGAGACGGCGCCUCCGCACUUGUACUGAGUAAUGGCAUGGGGAUCAAAACAGGUGAAAGAGAGCCCAUAUGGAACAUACGCGGCGCUCAAUCAACACUAGUGGAUAGACCAGGCUGUGUUGGCAUCCGGUGGAUUCCCACAGGACGUUCCGAGGAUCAUCAAGUCAUCCUUGCCAUCCUCAUUUGGGCACCUCAUCACUAA